AUGGGUAUGCCGGUACAUGACUUCCGGACCCGCAUUGUCUUCUUUGUCUUACUUUUCCGGCAUUGUGCAUUGUCAAGGAAAGAGCUAGGAUAUGGGCAGACGAAGGAACAAGGAAGAAAAGUACCUGAUGUGAUCUGCGCAGCGCCAGUUAAAUGGCAAGUUGGGCCGAGUGCCAGUGCCCCGGUACUGUUUGCACCUCAGACGGAAGGGCUAUGUCCCGUUUGUUUGAUUCCAAGUGUUCGGUGUGCCCUGGACUGCACGGCAGGAGCAAUAAUACGUUGCGUGUUCCAUUCCAAAACAACAGUAUCACUUUGCAACACGAUAAUGACGCCAAAAAUCGCCCUCAUCACCGGAGGAGCCAGCGGCAUGGGCCUUGCGGUGGCCAAAUCCCUCGCAGCCCAAGGAUCCUGGCAUGUCCAUCUGCUCGACAUCCAUCCCGAUCGAGGCAAUGAGGCAGCCAUAGGCCUACAUCCUCAUGCGACCUUUCACAAAGUCGAUGUAUCGAGCUAUAGCGACCUGGCAGCGGUUUUUCAGAGAGUUUUCCAGCGGCACCGUCGGCUCGACUUUGUUUUUGCCAACGCAGGGAUCAUCGAGAGAGCGAAUUUCUUUGAGAACCUGCCGCAGCAGAAUACGAAGCAAGUACCGCCGGAGCCGAAGGACCUGCGGGUUAUCGGAGUGAAUCUGAAUGGCGUUGUGUUCACGAGUUACCUGGCGAUGCACUAUUUCCGGCGGUCCCCUGACAAGGGCAGAGGAUGCAAUUUGGUCAUGACAGCGAGCUGUGGAGGCCUGUAUCCUUCGCAUUACUCGCCGUUAUACACUGCUACGAAGCAUGGCGUGGUCGGACUCAUGCGUUCCAUUGCAACUCAAUUAUGGCAAAACGACGGCAUCCGGGUCAAUGCCAUCUGUCCCGGAAUCGCACAGACCGAUCUCGUCGAUGCUCAAGGAUGGGCCAGUUUCCCUCCUCACCUGUUCAUCCCGUUGGAAACAAUUGCCAGGAUUGUGCUUAUGCUCAUCCGGGCAGAUGAUGGGGGUACGGAUCACGGAAUGACCGAUGCAACGGGCACGUUCAUUCCUGCGGCACAAGGGUACGGCCGUGCGGUGGAGAUCUCGGGGGACAAGUUUUAUUUCCGGGAGGCUCCUGAAUUUUGCGACGAGGGGAUGCAGGCCAUUAUGGCGGCGACGGUGCUGGAGAAUCAGGUCGGAGGCGUGCUGAAUGGUACUUCUCGUACAAGUAAGCUGUAG